AUGGUAAUCCAUACUGAAGGCAAAUACGUACCCCCAGCCCUUCGAGCUAGACAAAUCAUGGCCCAACUCCAGUCUUCUGGCUCAGAUACCACGGCAAGAUCAAACGAGAAUCAAUUCUCCCAUCAUGAAUUGAACAAGAUCUUCGAAACUACCAAGCUCUCAUCGUUAAACUUCUUUUGCAUCGCUGAGGAUGAUACCAAGAUAUAUUCUACGAAAUCCGCAGAAUAUGAGGAUGAUGAUGAUAAUAUAUUGACUGUUCAUCCAUUGGAAAAUCUGAUCAACUUCAUUAUCGUAUACGACAAAGCUCAUCCAUAUUGGGAAGAAAAGAAAGAAAUGUGGCUUCAUAACAAUUGCGAAAAAUUGAUCGAAGAUUACAAUGAUAUGAAAAAGAACUUUGGUAGACCUAUCCCUGUAUUUGAAGGGCAAGGUAGAAUGGGAAAUUUCAAUUUCACAGGAUGGUGGAACAUGGAUAUCAAGAACAUCAAAGACACGACCAAAGCUUACCCUCGAGCAAUCUCUGAUAAAGGUAGAAAAGAAGCGUUAUCAGCUACAUGGGUCAAGUUGGCUUUCACCCCUGCAACAGGUAGAUUCAAGUCACUUAAGCGAUUCGGGAAAGGUGAAGCUUCAGAAUACGCUUUGGAAUCAAGUGGAUUGGAUGAAGAGUUGGAAACCUUGAGAUCUAUUCGAGAUUUUCAGGAGGAAGAUUACUGA